AUGCUGCUGCAGCAGGCGACCCCCACGCCUGGUCCCAGCGGCACGGCGAGUCCCAAACGCAACAGACCCAACGGUGGCGCAAACUUCUCGAAGUUGAACAGUCCGAUAUUAAACGAUGGCUCGAAAGGGAAUUGUAGUCCCAGGUUCGGAUCUAGUAGUCCGAGUCUGGCUGCAGGUAGCCCGAAAUUCAACAGUCCGAGCGCGGGAGGCAGUCCAAACUUGGGCGUCAGUCCCAAGUUUGCAAGCCCAAAACUGGGAGGAAGUCCCAAAGGUGAAAGCAAAGCUCUACAAGACGAGACGGCUUUGGAGAGACUCCAGGUGGAACUGAAAGAGGGUUGGACGGUGCACACUGGCAGAGAGGGCAGACUGUACUAUUGCAAUCAUAUAACAAGAACGGCUAGCUGGCUACCGCCUGUCGAAAGCUGGCCAGCGAAAAAAGACAACGGCCGUAGCGACGAAGAAGAAGAUCUUCCAUUCGGAUGGGAAAAAGCGUUAGACAACAGAGGGAAACCUUAUUAUAUCAAUCAUUUAAACAAAACAACCACCUACGUAGCGCCCGAGAGCACGUCGAACGAGACGCCGCCCGCCCCCCGCGACGUGCUGCUAGAGAGACAUCCCGAACUCGGUUUCGGCUUCGUCGCGGGAUCGGAACGUCCCGUCCUCGUCCGAUUUGUUACUGACCACUCUCCUAGCGUUGGCAAGUUGGAGCCUGGCGACCAAAUUUUGUGCGUUAACGGGGAGGACGUCAGCUUAGCGGCGCGCGAACACGUCAUCUCCGCCGUGCGGGCGUGCACCGACAAGGUCACUUUACGCGUCUGUCAGCCCGCGAGGAGCGGAGACCCAGUUCGAAGAUCGGCCUUCCUGUCGGCAGCCAAGCGAGCCAGGCUGAGGCUCAGACCUCCGAGAGUACGCUUCGCGGAUUCUGUGCAACUCAAUGGAGCGCCGAUGUAUCCCCCUUCGGCAUUUUCUCUGGGCGACUUAUGUCUUCCACCGAUGGCCAACGUUCUCAAAGUCUUCCUCGAAAACGGUCAAACGAAAUCGUUCAAGUACGACGCAACGACCACUGUCAGCGACGUCGUCACCAGUUUGAAAGACAAACUUUGCAUCUCAGCUGAGCAGCACUUUAGUCUUGUGGUCGAGCACGUGAAGAGCUUAAGAAGGAAUAAAUUGACGUUGCUGGACCCCAAAGAGUCCUUGGCUAGGAUCGCAGCGCGGCCUGGGUCCCACAAAAUGCGUUGCCUGUACCGCAUGGUAUUCAUGCCGACUUCUGCAGCGGAGUUAGCGCAGCGAGACCUAGCGGCGCUGGACUACCUCUACAUGCAGUGCUGCAACGACGUCGCGCAGGACCGCUUUGCGCCCGAGUUGCAGCCGGAAGUGGCGCUGCGGCUGGCCGCCUUACACAUACAUCAGCAUGCGCUGGCGCAUAACUUAUCACCGGCUAAACUCACUAUUAAGGUCGUGGAGCGAGAAUUCGGCUUGGAACGCUUCGUGCCAUGUAGCCUUCUCGAGAGCAUGAAGAGGAAAGAGUUGCGACGGUUGGUCGCGCACUUCUUGAAACUCAACGCUCAGAUGACUGGCAGCCAAAGGCAACUUACCCAGUUACAGGCGAAAUUGCAUUACUUGGAUAUCGUCGGCGGACUACCAAGUUAUGGAGCCAAAUGCUUCAGUAGCAGUCGCCCGGAGCGAGUGCUUCUCGUCUCGCCGCGCUUUGGGCUGAGUCAAAUCAUCGGAAGAGGCAGUUCUGUGGAAAAUUUAAAAUUUCAGCCACAAUCGAUAGCGUCACUUGAAGAAGUAGAAAGCAUAAGGGUGAAAAGUGAAUAUUGCGGCAGUGCAGAGGUGGCUGUUUUCCUGCAGAGGGACAGGGUGUUGGCACUUCUCAUGGAUGAGAGAGAUGCAGAAGAAAUGCCACUCGUUAUAGCUGGGUAUUACCAGCUUGCAACCGGCAAGGAACUCAACGUCGAGCGAGAAAGAGAAAUCGUUACAGAAGAUAUCGCUCCACCGUAUUUAUCACAGCACAACGUUCUUCCGGCAAAAUGGAAUUACUUGCACUGUGCCGAUCCCAAUGUUUUGACGACGAAACACUUCGCCAUAUUCACCAUGCCUCCGCCAUACCACUCCACUCCGGAGCUGACGAAAACUCUCGACACUAACAUGAACUCAAACAUUGCUAACCGGAAUGACAGCAACAAUUCUAGUCCCAUGUUAGGGUACGAUAGAUCUAACUUCGGCAACGAUCUCACUUUCGACAAAUGCAAGCCCGAUAGCUAUAGGUUAUUCGAUCCGAACGACACUUGCUUCCUAGAUGAUGGCAUGGGCUUUGACCUGCAAAGCGUCCUAUCUAUGGAACUUUUAGAAAACGCCAAUAACCCUCGUCUCGUCGAAGCCAAGAACGACGAAGUGCUUCGACGGGUGGCAGAAAUGCAAAAACUAGUUGAAAACUCGGAACAGUAUUUGACUGAAAACUGUGAUGUUUACAACGAGAACGAUAUGUUAAGAGAUGAAUUAGUGGGUAGAGAGACCAGCGUAGAUCAAAUAGAGAGCGACACGGAGUCGUGCAAUAGUAAAAUGUCCGCGGCGGACGAUGCGCCCGGCAUAUUGAAGCACAGUGACUCGUUGUUAUUGCUAACUGAAACUAUCAAUCAGGGGCUGAGCGUGCUGAGCGCUCCCGAGGGCGCGAACGACGCGGACGAUCUCACGCAGAGGCAAUCGCAGGGUCUCAGUGCUAUUUUGAACAACUGCGGCUUGACCGACGCGUUGUUAGCUCUCAACAGUGAUAUGAUUUACUCCGAGAGCGACAACGACUCGUCCUACACGCCGACGAGCAGUCCGGUCAGAAAACAUUCAAACAGACCGACCGGCAAAGGUGCCCGAACAAGUUUCGGCUUAGUGAGCCCGGACUCUUCACAUUCACAAGACAACAAGGAGCCGAAUUUGAAAGAAUAUUUAAAACAACUAAGAGAAAAGAGCAACAGGGAGGAGAACGCCGCGCACCUUCCUUUUUUCUAUCAGGAAUCACUGGACAACGACGCCGAGCUUAUAGAUUUAACUUUACUCCCUCCGCCCCAAACUCCCGAUGAACUAGACUGCGCUUCACAAGUGCCUCAAAUUCUACCAGUUGUCCCUCCAUCGUUCGCGGACGACGACAAGGACUGUGUAGACGGAAAUGCGUCGCAACCGAAUGAGCUAGAUCAAUUCAUCGCCAACGUUACUGUUCAACCGCCGACUGUAAAGGUGACGCCCGCCAUUGAGCUCACCCCCGAGGAAAUCAUGUCCUACAUCAUACCGCCACCCCCGUCGAUAGCCGCGACGCACGCGGACGCCGGAAAACACCACAACGAGAGCGAAGUGAAAGCACACAAAAACGACAAACAAACAAACAGUGGCAAGCCUGCGAACGGUGAUGUCACUAAGGGAGCUAGGAGUGUUAGUGAGAUUAGAAAUAUGUUUUCUGCAAAAACCUUAAGCGACGCUAGAAAUAGUCUAUUAUUAAAGGAUAAAACUAAGCCUCAAUGCAAAUCCGAGUCACCGAAGGGAAGGAGAAAGAGUGCUCCUAAUGAAAAACAAGCAAACGGAACCGCACAUAUCAUAGAAUAUCCGACCGUCGAAAGAAAGGGAAUGUUUUCUUGCUGUAGCAAGGAUAAGAGCAAAAACGAAGAUAGCGAUGAAACGGAACAAAUAGAGGGACAGCUCUCUAAUUCCGAUUCCAUUCCUGACGUUUGUGAAGUGAGACCGCCGCCGAGAAGGAAAAGCGCAGAGAUCAAGAAACCUCCCGAGAGACCGCCGAAGACGCUUCCCGUGCCGGCACCGCGACCCCGAUCAAACUCAUUUACUUGUGUUAACAACGAGUUAACCGCUGUCGAAAUACCAAACAAUCACUUCAACACAUUAAACGGCAGAAAAUUAAGUUAUAAAGUGGUAUGUGACUCGAAUGUGCCCCAACAGACUCCUCCUCAAGUACCGCCUAGAGUAGAGAACAAGGCUUUAUCCCCACCUCCGGCGAUCAUGUUGCCUCCAAAAAAGCCCCCACUACCUCCGGUGCCCAGCAUAGAAGUUUUACGGCUGAAAACUUCACAAAAAAUAUCUCCAGUCCGAAAUACGGAGCGACACGCGAGCAUCGGUUCUCCGCAUUUCCAACGGAACCUCAACACGUACAGAACCCUCGAAAUGGAAGGCCAAUUGACUGACGACGAGUGUUCCGUUCGAUCGACGCAAAAAUACAGCUCUCUAACACUGCAGAACCGUCACGUGCGUUCCAACUCGGAGACUAAAAGUACAAUCCUGAGGAACAAGGAAAUGACUGGUCUGUCGUUGUGUUCACCGCAAAUGAAUAGACGAUUCAGCAAUCGACCCGAUCUGCUGAACGGCGCGCCGUUCGGGGACCGCCGAAUAUGCAGUCCUCCCCUCUCGGAGAAGAAAGCCCUCGGAACGGACGCUUCGAACCCCGGAUCUAAGACGCAAAACCAUCACGUGAGAUUCAAAGACGAGGUGGUAGACGAUAUUCCGACUCCCCCAUCGCCCCCGACGGUGAAAUUUCCAGAGUUCAAUGCGGGCAAUAAUGGACACGCGUCUAUAGAGAACCUUUUGUGUAAGACUGAGGUGGCCGUCGAUGGUCUACUGCAACGACUGCAUCAGGUGGCGCAGAAGUGUUCUCACCAACACUCCCACGGAGGCGGAGAGGACAUAGAUGAAGGCAAAUUCCAGCGCGCCCGUAGCGAGUUAACAUCGUGCGCGGUGUCUCUGGUGGGAGCUUCGCGGACUCUAGUAGGUGCUUUGGGAUCGACGAGCAGCUCUACGGCGGCCGCUUCCUUGGCGGACUGUUUAGGUCCACUGAGGAGAUUAGCCGACUUAGCUCAGGCGCUCGGGAGGCACACGUCCUCACCUCUCCAGACUCGGAACCUCGUUUUGCGCGUGCACGAUGUCACCGCCGCCUUCAAAGAGCUGGCCGGGGCGGAGAUGGCACAAAUUAUACACGAGCAUAACGCGAAAGCGACGCGAGGCCAAGAAACCGAUUCCACUUUGGAAGGGCAGUUGGCCCUUCGCGCAGAAUGCCUGGCGAACGUUCUGGCGACUCUGCUCAGAAGCCUCCGAGUGUUCUCACCGUGA